CAGUGUAAUAAAAACUAUGAUAGAAACAUCUGUAAGGUCCUCGCUGAAGCAUAAAAGAGGAAAUAACUGACUUUUUAGUAACUUCCUUGGAGCCUAGAAGAUGGAAAAUUGAACUUUUAAUUUAUAUUCAGCUCUGUUGGAGUCCUUGAAGAUUAAUACCAACUUACAAUUCUUGUUAUAUUUCAAGACAGAAAGUUAAUUUGAGGGAGAAGAUUUGUCAAUAGUCUGCUAUACCAAUGUCAGCACAAUGACAAUAGCUCUUACCAUCUACUGGGUGCUCACCAUGUGCCAAGUGCUGCUAAGCCUGUUAUAUACCUCAUCUCGUUUAAUCCUCACCGCAAUCCUAUCAGGUAUCUUCCAGACCCUCCUCCAACAUCGACCCAGGCAACUAUGGGGAAGUGCAUGAUCUGAUCACCCAGAUACCCUCUAAAGUGCAGAUACAAGAUAUUACUAAGGAGCUACACUGCCCACUGUGUAAUGAUUGGUUCUGUGAUCCAUUGAUGCUAAGCUGUGGCCACAACUUCUGCCAGGCCUGUAUCCAAAACUUUUGGAAGCAGCAAGCAAAAGAAACAUUCUGCCCUGAGUGUAAGAUGGUAUGUCAAUAUAGCAACUGUACGUUCAACCUGGUACUCGAGAAGCUGGUAGAGAAGAUUAAGAAGCUACCUUUACUCAAGGGCCAUCCACAGUGCCCAGAGCAUGGAGAGAACCUGAAACUAUUCAGUAAGCCAGAUGGGAAACUGAUCUGCUUUCAGUGCAAAGAUGCUCGGUUAUCUGUGGGGCAGUCUAAAGAUUUCCUGCAGAUCUCUGAUGCUGUCCGUUUCUUCAUGAAGGAGCUCACCAUCCAUCAAGGUCAACUGGAGGCAACCCUGAAGGAACUUCAGUCCCUGAAGAAUAUGCAGAAAGAUGCUAUAGCUGCUUACAAGGAAAACAAGCUACAUCUGCAGCAACACAUCUCCUUGGAGUUUCUAAAGCUACAUCAGUUCCUGCACAGCAAAGAAAAGAACAUUUUAAAUGAGCUCCGAGAAGAGGGGAAAGCCUUGAAUGAGGAGAUGGAGCUGAAUCUGAGCCAGCUUCAGGAACAGUGUCUCCUAACCAAGGAGAUGUUGGUGAGCAUCCAGGCACGGAUGGAACAGCAGAAUCCCUUCGACUUUCUCAAAGAUAUCUCAUCUCUCUUGGAUAGCUUGGAACAAGGAAUGAAGGUGCUGAUGCCCAGAGAGUUUAUCUCCAGAAAGCUGAACCCAGGCCUGUACAAAGGUCCCAUCCAAUACAUGAUGUGGAGGGAAAUGCAGUUUUCUCUCUCUCCAGGCCUAUCUUCAUUAACUCUGGACCCUAAAACAGCUCACCCAAAUCUGAUGCUCUCCAAAAACCGAACCAGUGUGUGGCAUGGUGACAUUAAGCAGGUAAUGCCUGAUGAUCCAGAGAGGUUUGACUCAAGUGUGGCUGUGCUGGGCUCAAAAGGCUUCACAUCUGGAAAGUGGUACUGGGAAGUAGAAGUAGCAAAGAAGACAAAAUGGACAGUUGGAGUCGUCAGAGAAUCCAUCAUUCGGAAGGGCAGCUGUCCUCUAACUCCUGAGCAAGGAUUCUGGCUUUUAAGACUAAGAAACCAAACUGACCUAAAGGCUCUGGAUUUGCCGUCUUGCAGUCUGAAACUGACUAACAACCUCAACAAGGUGGGCGUAUACCUGGAUUAUGAAGGAGGGCAGGUGUCCUUCUACAAUGCUGAAACCAUGACCCACAUUUACACCUUCACUAGCACUUUCAUGGAGAAACUUUAUCCCUACUUCUGCCCUUGCCUUAAUGAUGGUGGAGAGAAUAAAGAACCCUUGCAUAUCUUACAACCACGGUAAUUAGUCAUGCUAUUGUGUAAAUUCAGAGUGUUAUUAAAGAGGUAUUAAAGUAGUUUACCAGUCUCACUGGUUUCU